AUGUACUCAUGCUGCAGUGCAUCUUCAGCCUUUCAUCAGAAACCAGACACAUCUCCACAAAGCCAAGUCCUUUCACAUGCCCACACACAGUGGCACAGCCAGCCUUUAACCCUGCUACUCUGCUCCAGUGUUCACCACUCACACACACACACACUAGGCACUACUGCAAGCCUGCUAGUAAACCAGCUCAGCUUGCUGGGCGGCGGCCUUCCCCUCCACUUCAGACUUCUCUCACACACCAAGCUUCCUCCCCAUGGCUCCUCGCCUCCUCCUCCUGCUGCUCCUCGCCGCCACCGCCUCGUCGCAGUCGCCGGCCGCCGCGCCAUCCGCCUCCAACAAAGGCGCCGCCCACUCCCCCACUUCGUCCUCUUCGUCCUCCGCCGCCGCCCCAGGCCCCUCCUCCUCCUCCUCUCCCCCCGCGUCCAACAACACCCACAUCUCCACCUCCCCCGCCGCCUCCCCCUCCCACACAGGCACGAAGCUCACCUCCCCGGCCGCCUCCCCAUCCGCCACGCCCCCGUCCCCGCCGACCCCUCCGCCCACACUGCCUCCCCCACCCACUCCAGCCCCCAUCACCUCCUCCCAGCCGCCGGCAUUGCCUCCCUCCCCCCGGCCACCGCGCCGGCGCCGGCGCCCGUGACCGCCACCACCCCUCCCGCGGCGUCCUCCCCGCCGGUUCCCGCGCCGACGCUCCCUCCCCCGGCGCUCGCCCCCGCGCCGUCGUCGUCCCCCCCGGCCCCGGCGCCCGUCGUCCUCGCCGCCCCCGUCCCGGCGCCCGGCAAGAAGCCGACGAAGAAGAAGCGCGCCGCCCCCGCGGCGUCCCCGCUCGCCGCCGCGUCCCCGGCCACCGGCGCCGGCCCCGCCCCGGGGCCCGGGCCCUCCACCGCCGACAUGAUGAGCGGCGCGGCGAGGAGUCUCGCGGCGGCGGGAGGCGCGGCGGCGCUGGUGCUGCUCUCGCUGGCGUUGGGCCCGGGCUUGGCGUGAGGAAAGAGAUGGGUCCACCUGCCAGUCGUUCGCUUCCGCUGUUAUUAUGAUCACUGCCGUAGAGUGAGCGAGAGUGGUGUGGUUGGACGCAGCAGCUGGGGCUGUAGGUCAGUGUAGCGAUUUACCAUCUGGAGCUGAGCUGGGACGAGCAAAUUUCACGCCACUGUAUUUUGUAUUUUUGUGCCGUCUGGAACACAUCGUGCUGGUACCUAUGCUACGUACUGUGGUCACCAUUGCUUUGCUUUGCAUUGCACUGGAUUCUUCUCUUCUCUUCUCUUCUCUUUUCUUUCUUUCUUCCUGGAGAUCUCUGCUUUCCCAAUGGAUUGCAUCAUGCUUUUCUUUUC